AUGCCUGGAGGCGGCGCCUGCGCCCUCGUAGCUUCCUACGCCUUCAAACCUGGUGUAGUUACAGUCAGUGCUUUGGGCGGCAGAGCUGCGAAGGCGAUCUCCGAGGCGCUUUGUCUGUACACUCCAGAAGGCGAAUUCAAAGAACCUGCCACCAUUAUCCGUUAUUUAUGCAGUAAAUCUGAAUCAAAGGCAGUUCUUCUUGGGCCAGAGAAGAACGCUGACGAACAGGCGGCUAUUAAUCAGUGGCUUUGUUUCUGCGCUCUAAAAGGAUAUGAAGUCACCGGUGCCAGCGAUUUGAAUGAAUUUAAUUCAGCACUUGAACGCAACACUUUCCUCUGCGGCAACAGCCUCACAGCAGCAGAUCUCGUUGGAAUGGCUUCCGUAUAUGCUUUUAUGAAGAAAGCCUCACAGAGAGACUUUCAAUUGUUGAAGCAUUUAACUCGCUGGUAUAACCAUAUGCAAAGUCUACCAGGCAUUAAGGAGCAGCGCGUUCAAGACUUUACGAUGAUAGAUCUACCGACUACAUCAGCAGAAGACAUCAUUCAGGCUGCAAAGGCAUUGGGUAAGGAUUCGCAGCAGAAGCAGCAGCAGAAGCAGCAGAAGCAGCAGCAGCAGAAGCAGCAGCAGCCAGAAGCGAACGGCCGCGGUGCAUCUGAGAAGAAAGCUGCUGGUGGGGCAAAUGCAUCGCCAGCUACUGCUGCUUCUGAGAAGCAGAAGACCAACAAAGCAGCAGCAGCAGCAGCAGCAGCAGCAGAAAGACCUAUAGACGAUCCGAUGCGCCUUGACCUGCGCGUUGGCUUGGUGAAAAAGGUUUGGAGACACCCGGAAGCAGACAAAUUAUUUUGUGAAGAGAUAGACUUCGGGCCGCUGGGAGUGCGGCAGAUUGCUUCAGGUUUGGUGCCGUAUAUAUCAGCAGAAGACUUUGAAAGCAGCAAAGUUGUUGUUUUGUUUAAUUUAAAAGCAAAGGCUUUAAGAGGAUUUCUUUCUCAUGGGAUGGUUAUGUGUGCAAACGCUGAAGAUAAAAGCUCUGUAGAGCUCCUACAACCUCCUCCAGAUACCCCACUCGGAGAGCGAGUCACUGUUCAAGGAUUGUGCGGCGAUGCAGACGAAGUGCUGAGCACAAAAAAAGGAAAAGACACCCUGGCGCUCGUCUCGCCU